GCGCACUAAGUAACUGGCGCUAGAGACGUAGACGUAGACGGCGGAUGGAGAAGCACAGCGCCGUACGGAUAGUCUAUCACAUUUUCACCGGGAUGGUACGUUGAAAUUAUUAUCAUUUUAAUCUUGCUCCACCGAAUGUUGAGCGAGGAUGAAAUGAGUGCACCUGGGUGAAGUCACGGUCGAUGACGACGUGCGUCAUGUGCGAUGCGAUACGACGCGAUUGCGAGCGAAUCAACGGAAGUCGUUGGACUCACUCACACCAGGUGCUUUUUUCGGGUAAUGGAACAACCGACGCUUUUGUAUACCUCCGGACGUCUUUUUACCCGGAUGUCGUUUUACACGCGAGAGACACUGGUGACUGGAGCGUUGAGCGACAUUUAUCGCUUGUUGUCUUUGGCGACGAGAUUGUCUCUCUGUCUGUCUUGCCUGCCUGCCUGCAUGCGUGCGUGCGUACAAACGUAUGUAGGUACAUGCAUGCACUCGUCCCCGCGACGCUGCGCGACUCCACGCGACUCUUCGAGCAGACUCGAGAAUGACGUAAACCUCCAACAAUGAAGCGUGAUGUCACAC